AUGACCAGUCUCGCUAUCGCCGACGUCCCUUGGAUCUCGAAACGCAUCAAGGCCUGCUGUCGUCGCGCGAAGCUCUUCAGCACAGACGAGAUUCUGCUUGCCCAGCCCCAACAGCUUCAGCAGGCGCUGCGUAUCUCUCAAGCAGACGUCGACCUCCUCGUGCUACAAGUGGCUACCGCUUCCGCUCCUUCUCCCGUCUCGGUGCUCGAUGCUCUCAACGGAAAACGUCCCCCGCCUAAGCUCGAUCAGGACCUCUUUGAUACCACCGCCGCUGCCGACGGCAACGACGCCGCAUCCACAGAUGGCUCAGACUCGGAUGGUUCGGACGACGUCUCCGCACGCAAUGCCAGCUUUCCAUCUUCCUCUAUCGUACCGCCGACGCAAGGAUACGACGGCAACUUUCCCGGUGCAGAACGCUUCCUCUACGACUCGGACUCCGGCUCGGAUAGCGACACCCACGACGACGCAGAUGCCAUGAUGCACGACGAUGUCGAGCCCCCUUCUACCUUUCGUCGCGCCCAUGUCCAACACAUCGCUGCAGAUGACAGCGGUCACCAAGAGCACAGCCUCAACUCUGAUGACGACGUCGGACAAAUCAUGAUCACAAGAGAUGUUUUGGCGCUAGGUCGCGGAACACACGUCUUUUCGAGCGGAUCUCAAGACCUCGAUGACCUGCUGAACGGUGGCUUCCGCUCAGCUGUGCUGACCGAAAUCGUCGGCGAAAGCGGCUCUGGCAAAACGCAGAUGGCCAUCCAAGCAUGCACUUUUGCUGCUUUGGGCUUAGUUCCUUUGCCUCCCGCCGACAAUCAGAGCUCUGACAGCUUGUCAGCAGCGGCUACGCAGCGAUGCAUGGACGAAGCUGACACGCUUCAAGAGAUUUUGCAAGGCUGCGGUAUGGACACCUCGAACUGCUCACGAACCGGUCUCGGCACGUGCUACAUCACGUCUGGAGGCGAGAGGGCAGCCCACUCGAUCGUCAAUCGAGCUCUCGAGCUGACCAGCUUUGCCAUCAAAGAGCGUUUCGACCGCAAGCAUCCUUCGACAGCUGGGGACACGCAAAGCUCGCAGGAUACCGAUCUGGAACGCCGUGCACUGCUCGCAAGAGCGCAAGAGCUCGGUCGCGAACGGGUGCUCGCCAAUCUUCAUGUGGCCUGCGUCGCCGAUAUCGAAGCGCUCGAACAUGCUCUGAGGUACAGCUUGCCCGGUUUGAUCAGCAGACUAUCCUCCAGAAAAGCUGGCCCGACGACCUCUUCCGAUGUUGGAUUGGUCGUGAUCGACAACCUACCGUCUUUGUUCCAAGAGGACGCGGUGGCAGCAACCGACAUCGACUCGCUCGUGCAGCGUUCCAAGAUGCUUGUGGAGAUUGCAGACUCGCUGAAACGCAUCGCUGCUGGUCAGCAGCCGUCGGCGCCGAGGCAGGGUAGCCAGGAAAGGGCGGUGUUGGUUCUCAACCAUGUCAGCGACGCUUUCGGCGUCGACAAGGAGAUCGCGCGACGCUUUGUGUUCGAUUCUGCCGAUCGCAUCCGCUUGCAUCGCUCCCAAACCAGACGCAGUGAUCCCAGCGCAUCGUCUUCAGAGCAGCAAGCCUCCUCCAGCAGUAGCUACGCAGGACUGUACGAUCAGCCGUUGGCGAUGGAUGUGGCUUCCCAGUCAGCUUUCGUCAGCGGACUCCUGGCGUCGGUUCCCCCAACUCUAGCGGAAGCCAUCGGUGCGCGAGCACUGGACGAAUCGCGGUCGUCCAACGACGGUCCGCUGUACACGCUCCAUCCGCGAACCGCUCAGCUCGGUCAUACGUGGACCAAUCUGAUCAACGUCCGCCUGUUCCUCUCCAAGACCAGAGGCAGAAUCUGUCUGCCCCGAGAAGAAGGGUCCUCGUCAACAGAGACAGUUGCGGAAUCCGACGGCAAGAAGAAGAUGACCAUGACGACGGUGCGGAAAGCGGCGGUGGUGAUGAAUCCCUUCGGUCCGACCAUGUUGGACACGACCGGCGACAAGAAAGCGGUCAGGCAGUUGAGGUUCGUCAUCACCUCGGGGAGGGCGAUCCACGCCCUCGAUGGAUAUUCGUCUGCGACGCUCGCCAGCGAUUCGACGAGUCAGACCACAACAGACACGAUGCCGAGCGGGUCCCAAGCCCAGCAGCGUCCAGCAGACCGCCAGCACGCGACGCAGCAGCACGAGCAGGACGAAGAAGACCUCUUCGGUGAAGCGCUCGAGGAUCAUCACUGGUUGGCCAUCGAUCAGAUCCAGUCGCAGGUCAUGACUCCUUCCUAG